CGCUUUCAUAUUUCAUCAUCGGCUAAAUUGACUGAAAAUGGCUGCCGAAAGCACGUUGAAUAAGCAUCUGGCCAAACAAGAUUUAGAAAAUCUCGAUGAAGCGUCUUUGAAUCCAUUGUCUCCAGAGGUCAUUAGUCGCCAAGCAACAAUAAACAUAGGUACUAUUGGGCAUGUGGCUCAUGGAAAGUCUACCCUAGUUAAAGCCAUCUCAGGUGUACAGACUGUCCGCUUCAAGAAUGAACUUGUUAGAAACAUCACAAUUAAGCUAGGCUAUGCGAAUGCUAAGAUUUUCAAAUGUGAUAACCCAGCAUGUCCUAGGCCUGGUUGUUACUGUUCAAAAGGAAGCAAUAAAGAAGAUGUUUUCCCCUGUGAGAGGCAAGGUUGUACAGGCAAUUUCAGGCUACAAAGACAUGUAUCAUUUGUUGAUUGUCCCGGUCACGACAUUCUUAUGGCAACCAUGUUGAAUGGAGCGGCAGUCAUGGAUGCAGCUUUACUAUUAAUUGCUGGAAAUGAACCAUGUCCUCAACCUCAGACCUCAGAGCAUCUCGCAGCCAUUGAGAUCAUGAAGCUUAAGCAUGUGCUUAUCUUACAAAACAAAAUUGAUUUAGUCAAGGAAAGUCAGGCCACAGAGCAGUAUGAUCAAAUCUUAAAGUUUGUGCAAGGUACAGUUGCAGAGGGUGCUCCAGUGAUUCCAAUUUCAGCGCAGCUUAAAUACAACAUUGAAGUCAUCUGCGAAUACAUCACAAAGAAAAUACCUGUUCCAACACGAGAUUUUUUGUCAAAGCCCAGGCUCAUUGUUAUCCGAUCGUUUGAUGUAAACAAACCCGGAUGCGAGGUUGAAGAUCUGCAAGGGGGUGUUGCUGGAGGCAGUAUAUUGCAGGGUGUUCUAAAGGUUGGACAAGAAAUUGAGGUUAGGCCCGGAAUCGUGUCAAAAGAUUUAGAAGGCAAAUUGCAAUGCAAGCCUAUCUUUUCUAGGAUAAUAUCACUAUUUGCCGAGAAGAAUGAUCUACAAUAUGCUGUACCAGGGGGUUUAAUUGGUGUUGGUACAAAGAUUGAUCCUACACUCUGCAGAGCAGAUCGUCUUGUCGGUCAAGUUCUUGGAGCAGUGGACGCUUUACCGGAUAUAUACACCGAAUUGGAAAUCUCUUACUUCUUGCUGAGAAGGCUACUUGGCGUACGGGUAGAGGGCGAUAAGAAAGGUGCCAAAGUCCAAAAGCUUUCCAAAAACGAAGUACUUAUGGUGAACAUUGGCUCCCUAUCAACAGGAGGAAGGGUAUUGGCUGUCAGGGCUGAUUUGGCUAAAAUUGUAUUAACAAACCCAGUGUGUACAGAAAUUGGUGAGAAGAUCGCCCUCAGCCGAAGGGUGGAAAAACAUUGGAGAUUGAUCGGAUGGGGACAGAUCCGCAGGGGUGUUACUAUUAACCCCACAAUCGUUGACAACUGAAUUAAUAAUUAAUAAAUAUUAAUUUGCAUAUUAAAACACAUGAGUCAUGUUAUUAUACAAUCCUAUAUGUCACAUGACUGGGGAGCUUGUAUUUUUCUAGAAUGUUGGCUCCUGUAUCAGCUGUGAAUGAUGUGAACACACAAUUUAUGAAAUUACUCAUCAGGACAAAAGAAUUUUCUAUGAAAGGAAGCUUAUGGUUCUUUACAUACCACCUGUGGUCCUAUGUGUGUCAAGGAAUACAUGCUUUUAUAUAUGUGUAUUCAUUCAAAUUUCCUUAACGCAUAAAUAUAAUGAUUUUUCACUAUGACUUUUAUCUUGGAUAAAGAUGAUAAUUCCAGCUGACUGUAUCUUGUUAUGUAUUUUAGUAGCAUUCAGUUUAUCAUUUCAUUAUAAGAUUAUAAUAAUUAUGUUGUGAGUACUGAAAGAUUUUGAACUUCCUGCUGAUGAUGUAAUUGCUCCCCAAGGCACUUGUCUCAGAGGUUACUUGCUAUCUGCACUGCAAAAGAUGUGCACUGCCCUCUAUUAUAUGACACAUGGUACAUCGCCCUCUUGAGUCUAGCAUACCAAGUGUAUAGUAGUUACUCAUCCUCAUGGGAGCUUUGGUACCUCAUCUUUUAGAAGCAAGACAACUUUUUUGUUUGUUAAUGAUGAUGAUUAAAUUAAAGCUAUACAGUUGAACUUGCCUAAGUCGAAUCUAAAAUGGCAUUGGAAAAUUGUUUAACUUAGAUCAGAUUGUUAAUUAGUGAAAAACGCAACAAUUUGGCAUGUAAGUAAGAUCCCCUUAGAAAUUAUUUGAGUUAGGCAAAGUCGACUUAAGCAAAUUUAACUGUACUUCGGUUGGGUAGGCUUUGGAUAAGUAGCUACAACAUGUACUAUUAGUCUUAAUACCUACAACAUGUACUAUUAGUCUUAAUACAGUUUGAAUAUUGCUGAACUUAGCAAGUGUUGUUACAAUAAAACUGUCAUCUUAACAUCAAGCAUA